AUGACUAUGAAUGUACGAAUUCAGCAAACGAGUCGCCUGAAUGAACGAGAGGAACAAAAUAGCCAUACCUAUAUAGCACUACGAAAGGGCAGAUUAUAUCAUUCUGGUUCCAAACCAGAAACAAAUGCAAUAGCACCCCUAGAAGCAGAAACAAAUACAAUAGCACCCCUAGAAGCAGAAACAAAUGCAAUAGCACCCCUAGAAGCAGAAACAAAUGCAAUAACAACCUUAGUAACAAAACUAAGACUCGGAAAAGAGAAGGCAGACACAGGCCUCUUGCAAAUGUUGCUGGAUCAAAUGACGGCCCAUGAUGCAACAACACUGAUGACAGCCAAGCAGAAGUGCCUGCCUCUCACCGCGGUCGUGUUGGUGGCCGUCGUGUCCCCGGCGGUCGCCAUCAGCGCCCUUUCCUUCCCUCUAUUUAGCACCAGCAACACCCAAGAAGUUCGACAGGUCUCCGCCGACGGCGCUUCGCUCCAGGAGCAGACUGAAAAUGGCCGUUUUUCCGGAACCUGCUCCUUUGAGGAUGAAUCGGGAAGGACUAUCGAGGUGAUUGCUAGGGAUGACUGUGGCAGCCAGGACCACAGGCCUACCAGGGUGGGAGAUUUCACAUUCAUCAGGGAAAAUAACAGAGGACAGAGUUCAUACAAUACAGGAAGAUACCCAACUCAAUAUCAAGGAGCUGGGCAGAACUCUUACAGCAGUGGGAGAUACCCAAGCCAAAAUCAGGGAGCUGGGCAGAACUCUUACAGCAGUGGGAGAUACCCAAGCCAAAAUCAGGGAGCUGGGCAGAGUUCGUAUAACACUGGAAGAUACCCAAGCCAAAAUCAGGGAGCUGGGCAGAACUCUUACAGCAGUGGGAGAUACCCAAGCCAAAAUCAGGGAGCUGGGCAGAGUUCGCAUAACACUGGAAGAUACCCAAGCCAAAAUCAGGGAGCUGGGCAGAGUUCGCAUAACACUGGAAGAUACCCAAGCCAAAAUCAGGGAGCUGGGCAGAACUCGUAUAACACUGGAAGAUACCCAAGCCAAAAUCAAGGAGCUGGGCAGAACUCUUACAGCAGUGGGAGAUACCCAAGCCAAAAUCAGGGAGCUGGGCAGAGUUCGCAUAACACUGGAAGAUACCCAAGCCAAAAUCAGGGAGGAUACCAGGCCUCUGGCAAGGAUACAGUUUCCUCAAGCCAGCACCAAGGGGCAGCUCAAAGUUCCUACAACGGAAGUCCACACAGAAACCCCGGCCGUGUUCCGACCACAACACAAGCCUACGACAGACAUAACUACCCAUCCCAAGGACAGAGUGUGACACGACCUUCAUAUGGGGGAAACACCUCUCCUAACCAUGCUCAAGCAACCACGCAAUCCUUUACAGAUAACGACGGAGUGACUCAGGCACCCUUCGGCAACGCCAAUGAAACGACGCAGUCUUCAUCCUUACCUAGCUUCAGCGGGACAGGGAGUCAGAGCUCACCUCCCCGGAGGAAUGACCCCGGCCGCACCCAGAUGGUGUUCCAGACAUCCCAUGGAAAUUCUAUGCAGUUUCAGGAGAAUACCAACAGGGGAGUAACUACAGGCCAGUGCUCUUAUGUUGACUGGCGCGGUCGCACUAUAAAUAUCAGUUACACCAAGCAUGCCGACGGAAAAGUUGAUGUAGUCACGGAUCCUGAAGUGUGGCAGCCAAAGGCAGCAUACCGCAAUUGCGUCAGAAAGGCCAAGGAGGAGGAAAAGAAGCUUAAUAACGAAAUGGCUGAGAUCGAAGCCGACCUUCGUCAGCAAGAGCAGGAAUUACAGUCCGACAUUGCCCGUCAGGAAUCAGAAGCAUUCGGACGUGGUAAAUGAUAUGGAAGCAAGUAUGCCUACUGAGACAAGCUGGACACGAAUGCUUAUCAUAUUCCCUUCAACUUGUACCUAUGCCCCCCUCCCUCUCCCUCCCUCCUUACUGGCAUAAGGUUUGACUGUAUAUCCUUUAUAAAAAUGUCUUUCUUUUAGAUCUACCUUCUUUCCUUUCUUGUGUUUUGAACGAGGAAUUCACAUAGCAUGAUAAAAUGGCUGUUCUUUAUAUGAAAGCAAAAAAUAAAGGAAAUUUGAAUA